UCUCCAUUUCCAUUUCGUCGCCUUGCCCGCCUCUGCUCGGCUCAGUCAGCGAGAGCAGAGAGCUCAGCUCGCAACAACUCCCCUCCCUCCAUGGCCGACCGCGUCCACCCCAUGCCGGCGCCACCGUCUCGACGACCCGACCAACCAGACGCCGAUGCCGGCGCAGCGGCGGCGGCCACGGAGACCACGCCGCUGCAGCUGCACCCGUCCUUCCAGCAGCGCCCGCUCUCGCCGCCCCCCGGCACGUACAUCAUCCAGGUGCCCAAGGACCAGGUCCUCCACGUUCCGCCCCCGGACCGCGCGCGCCGCUACAAGAAGCUCGCCGCGCGCCCGGCGCGGCGCCGCCUCCUCCGCCGCGCCUGCUGCUGCUCCUGCGCCGCCGUCCUCCUCCUGCUCCUCCUCGCCGCCGCCUUCACCGGCGCCGUCUACCUCAUCUUCCGCCCCCGCGCGCCCACCUUCUCCGUCGCCUCCCUCUCCAUCCGCGGCCUCGACAACCUCACCGCCCUCUCGUCCUCCUCAACCCUCUCCCCCGAGCUCGACGCCGCCGUGCGCGCGGACAACGGCCGGAACAGGAAGGUCGGCAUCGACUACCGCGGCGGCGGGAGCGUCACGGUCUCCUACUCCGGCGUGCAGCUCGCCACGGGGCGGUGGCCGGCGUUCCGGCAGCCGCCGCGGAACGUGACGGUGUUCGCGGCGGCGAUGAGGGGCCAGGGCGUGCGGCUCACGCAGGAGCAGGCGAGGCAGCUCGCCGCGGAGGAGGCGGCGGGGGCCGUGCCGCUGGCGGUGGAGGCGAGGGUGCCCGUGCGGCUGCGCUUCGGGAAGGUGCUGCGGACGUGGACGGUGGACGUGAAGGCGCGGUGUGACGUGGCCGUGGACAGGCUGGCCGGGAACGCGGCGGCGGUGAACAGGGGGUGCAGGGUCAGGGUCAAGCCGCUCUGGUGGUGGUGGUGAUCGCCGCCGCCGGCGGCGGCGAUCGUGCAUGUCCACAGGCAUGGAGCAUGGUUAAUGCCGCCUAAACGGCUACUGGUAAUUACUAGGAGCGACAGUGCAUUGAACACCAGAUUACUAGCAGGUUACCAGUGGAGUAAAUUUUUUCUUAAUUUCUGGAGAAUUUUUUUGGUGUGUAUGAUAUUUGGAGUUUAUGUGAAGUUGUGAACUCUGAAGGAAGGCUGUCGGGCAGACAUUACAGACA